AAGAAAAGUAAGCCCUUAAGAGUAUUGAUCUUGUUAGCAUUAUUUAAACUGAUUUAAGUUAAAGCUGAUGGUAUGAUAAUAAACCACAGGGCAAUGCAGUGUUUGCCAGAGCUCCCAGACUUUCAAUUGUCAUUGAGACCAGAAGAGUUUGAGCUACCUGAGAUAGAAGCGGGCUCUUCUGAAGGAAACCAAACCCAUUUGCUUAGUGAACAUCUCGAAGACUACUCCGAUAAUCAUGAUGAUGAUGAAGAUAAUGAUGAGCUUGAUCAUUGAGCAGCACUCUCUAUACAUAUUCUUUGAGUAUCUUACCAGUUAUAUAUAAUUGUAAUGUAAUAGAGUUACUUCUUUUGCAGUACUAGUUUCUUUCGUGUCAAACAAACGUAUGAUACUUGUUUCAGUUUUUAGUAUAGUAUGCAUUAUCUAUCUGAGUGACUAAUUACUUUUUGCUAAUAAGAAUUUGGAAGAAGUAAGAGAAAGGAUGGUGUUAUAGAAAACGUUUUCACGCAUACGUUGGAGUAAAAAAGUGGCUGUCGUGUGAGGCACUUAAAAACGGCACACAGUAUACUGUAAAAUCGGAAAGAGCUAUAUAGCAUGAGCGUCACGUCACGUCAUUGAGUAAUGAUGAGAUGUUGGAUUCCGCACGUACCAACUGUUGUAGAGGCGGUUAAGGAUUAUUCAGCGCUGAACGGAAAACGGUGAUAGAGACGAUAUGUUCAUCCAUCUUUUCAAAGUUCAAUUAAUGUUUGAUCACAAAUGCAUCAUCCAUCAACGAUAAAAUAGUAUAUAGUUUAUCAAAAAGACUGAUGCAUGGAUUUUAAACUUAAAAUCAAAACGAUCAUUUAUCAAAAAGGUAGCCUUUUGAACUAUCCUCUUCCUUGUUGUGUCUUCGGUUGUUUUUUUAUCUACGAGAAUCACAAACAGGAAAAGGAAAGAUUCUUUUUCUUUUUGGUUUUUUAAUCUCCUAGUCUGUCUUAAUUCGAAUCCUGUUCCUUGAGGGUUUCUAAUUUUUUUUUUCUUCUCCUAAUUAAUUUGGGUUCUUCUAUCCUAAUAUAUAUCGAGAGGAGAGGCGGAAGAAAUAUAUAAUCUCAAGACAGAGAGGACAAGAAAUUUUAUGAAGAAGAAGAAGAUGAUGAUGUCGGAUCUUCCAAGGGAUAUGGAGGAAGAGGUGCUGUGUCGAAUUCCGUUGACAUCUUUGGGACUUGUCCGAUCUACUUGCAAAAGGUGGAACAUGUUGUCCAGAUGUGAUCACUUAUUUGCAAACAAGCACCUCCUUGCUCAUCUAGCAGCAGAAGCAAAGAGGAAGGACCCUCUUGUGGUUACGAUGAUGAAUUAUAGGGUUGAGUUGAUGAGAUUGGAUCUCUCCAACGAAGACGACGUUGCUGUUGUAAAUUCUGAAGCUAAACUUGCUGGCCUAGAUCAAAUCGAUGUGCGUGAAAUCUUUCACUGCGACGGUCUAUUGUUAUGCAUUCCCAAAGAAGACGAGUAUAGGCUAUUGGUUUGGAAUCCAUAUUUGGGACGGGGGCAACCCAGGUGGAUCGACCACACACAUAAUCACGACUUACUGGACAAACGUCUCUGUGGUCGUUUGGACAGGUACACGUAUGGUCUCGGAUACAACAAUAGUAGUUCCCAGUACAAAAUCCUGAGAUUUAUUGAUCAUCCCCCAAUUUUCGUUGAGUUCAAAAUCUACGACUUCAACUCUGAUUCAUGGAGGAUUCUUGAUCUCCCUACUCGUCCAGACAACUGGAAUAUAAAACUUGAUGAACGCGGCCUAUCUUUGAAGGGAAAUACCUACUGGUUUGCAUCAGAAGCUUUGAAUUUUGAAGCCAUUUGUUUCUUAGUCUGUUUUGAUUUCACAACAGAGACAUUCUCCCCGCCUUUGCCUCUCCCCUUUGAGGCUUUCCCUUACGAUACUUUGAUUCUAUCAUCAUCAUCAUCAUCAUCAUCAUCAUCUCCGCAGCAGCUUGUGGUUUUAUUCCAGUCCGGGGAUACAUUGGAGAUGGAGAUCUGGAUUUCCAAUACGAUCGAGAAGCCCAACGCAGGCCUGUCAUGGAACAGCAAGGUUUUCUUAUCGGCGAAUAUCAAACAACUCAUUCACCCCCAUUAUAAUUUUCUUCGGAAAUCUGCGUGUUUCUUCAUUGACCAGGAGAAGAAAGUCGCAGUGGUUUUUGAUAAAAACGCCCGUAUGGGUGCCGCCACUCGUGAUAUGGCUUACAUCUUUGUUGGAGGAGGAGUGGAUGAUGAUGGAUCAUCCUCCUUUAAACAACAAGUUGUUAAAGAAUCUGCAUACCCAUUUUGUUAUUCACGUGCUUGCUAUUAUGUUCCAAGCUUAGUGCAACUCAACUAGUCCCUCCACCUAUUACUAUUAUUGUUAUCUCUCUUUGUUUCCUAAGAUUGACUAUUACUCAUAUAUAUAUAUAUAUUAAGUUUCUUUUUUCCAUCUU